CAUAUCACACACACACACACACACAUAGAGAACACCGUCCCAUCAGGCAGCAGUCCAGCCAUCAGGUAGCAGCAUCAUAAUAUCAAACCUGCCAGAAUGGGAGAUAAUCAGCUGCAAACAAAUAAACAGGAACACGACUCACCACGACCCAGACAGGUUGCACCUGGCCGUAAACUGGCGCAGACGAGGAAAUUUAAAGAGAAGAGGGAUUUCAAAAGCGAUGAAAAUCCGGAGGAGAAAGCCAGGAGACACAAAGAGCAGGAGCUGAAGCCGCUGUAUAAGGAGCUGCUGUACACCGUCACACAUAAGAUGGGCAAACCGUCGUCAGCUGAGGUUUUCACAGACGCUCAGCUGCACCAGUACAUCAGGGAGGCUUUCACUAUGACCGAGUCAGAGCACGAAGACCUGAUGGAAAAAGUGCAGAACACAGAGGCCCCGGUGUACUGUCUGAUGGCCACCGUAAAGGAAGCCAAGGGAAUCCUGGGUAAAGAUGUCAGUGGUUUCAGCGACCCAUACUGUCUGCUGACCAUCCUGGAAGACGAGCAGGAGAGUCAGACCCGCCGCUCCAGAGCCAAACCCAGUAAAUCCGUGGUCAAGGAUGCUGCGUCACAUGACAAAAUCUACCAGACGGACAUAAAGAAACAGACCCUAAACCCCAUCUGGAACCAAACCUUUAUUCUAGAGUUUGAAGACAUAAGUGCCAGUUUCCACCUUGAGAUGUGGGAUAAGGAUGAAGAGGUGUCGCUCUCUCAGAAACUGGAGGAAAUCAAAACCAACCUAAAUAGUUUAAGGAGAAUGAUCAAGGAGGCCAAAAAGGAGAAAGGCACAGACGACUUUUUGGGAAGUGUUGUCCUAAAACUACAGGAUCUUCACUCCACUGAAGACAACUGGUACAACCUGGAGCCCCGGACGGAGACGUACCCUGACCGCGGCCAGUGCCACCUCAAGCUCAAAUUCAUCCAUAAAGCUAGAGACGGUACUUUGAGUGCUGGUCGAAGCGCUUACAUCAACUACUGCGGGAUUCUGCAGCAGUUUGUCCAGGCCUUCAUCUCCAAGCAAAAGAGUUCUGCUCCGUGGAAAGGAGAGCUGAGCGGCGAGGCUCAGACUCUGCUGGAACUCUACGCCACCCAGAAUGACCUCUCACCUUUUCUUCAGGAUCUGGCGAAGUGGGUAGCUUACAGCAAGCUGUACCAGAGCCUGGAGGUGGACUCGUCCGUGCUGUUCCAGCAGAUCACCAGCAUAGAGUACCACUGGCAUCAGCAGGAGCUGCCCUACCAACAGAAACAGGAACUGGAGGACUCUCUUCACGGUUUCCUGCAGUACGGACUGUGUCUCGUGGCCAAAUACAGAGAUAUAUUUCUCCCAGUUCCCAAUGCUACACCAAAACUGCACACUCUGCUCAGGAUCUUGGUACAGAUCUGCAAAACUCAGGCUUUUCAGAAACUGAACCCGGCAAACGUUGACCUCCACGAUGAGAUCAUCCAUGCCGUACAGAGAGGCACCCAGGAGUGGUUCUCGAUGAAGAAGGGUUUGCACCAGCCCAUGACCAAGGAGCUGUCAGAGAUCGGGAGCGCCCUCUCCAGAUUGAUCGUGGAGGUGCAGGAGGACAUAAAGCACAACAAGGACGUCUGGAACAGAGUGUUUGUCAGUGCUGUGCAACUUGAUGUGUUCACCGUCAUCUAUCAGAAGUUCGACUCCCUGCUUGCCAAAGAAGUGCGGGAAACCUUGUCGCUGAUGGAGGGUCAGAUGGAGCAGCCGCUGGCCAACAGCCUGUUUCCGGUCUACCUGAGCCUGCAGGCCAUCCACAAGGACAAGGCCUUCCUGCAGAAAAGGGGAUUACUGGAGCUCACCAACUUCCACGAGCACUUCCGAGACGCUCUGCCUUAUUGGCUCAACCAGGCGUUCAGCACCACUCAGGACCGGGUGGAGAGGGCCGUGCAGGUGGACCAGCUCCAGCCGCUGCAGUCCGGAGCAGUGCCGGUCAAACACAGCUCCUCGGCCGUGGACCUGGUGGCCUGUGUCCAGCCCAUCUGCCAGCUGUGGGAGCAGCUGGCCUGGCCCGACCCCGAGGAGGCCUUCAUGCUCAUGGUCAAACUCACCGAGGAUGUGUGUAAGAUUGUGGUGAACUACUGCCACAUCCUGAAAGACCGAGUCCGGAUCCUGUCCGAGAACUCCGACCACGGCAGCGCCAUCAACAUGCUGUGCGUGGUGGUGAACGACCUGGAGCACCUGCGCUCCGUGCUGACCCGCCUGCCCACGCAGCUGAACUGGACGGGCCUCCGGGAUCGAACCCAGAGCGUCAUCGGGGAGAGUCAGUUCAACAACACACUGCACUCGCAGCUUCAGCAGGCCCAGAGCAUCCUGGGAAGGGAGAUCCGCUCCGCUCUGGACACUCUGGGGAAGCAGUUAAACACAGACAUCGAGACUCAUGUCAGAAGCAUGUCAACCAGACGGAGAAUCCCCUCCAAGUCCACAGAGGACGCUGCAACCCCUUUAAUGCACUACCUGGAGCAAGAGCUGCACUACAUGAAUGAAAACCUGGUCCAGGAGAACUUCAACAGUCUCCUGACCCCUCUGUGGAAUAACUCGGUGAAAAUCCUCUACCAGGUCGCUACUCAUCAUCCGCAGCAGGAGGGGCUGAUGGUGUUCUGCCAGAGGCUGCUGUACACGCUGCAGUGUCUGGAGCAGUGCUUUCAUGCCGAGGGGAAUGGACUUCCUCUGAACGCCCUCCACUCUGAAGACUACAAGACUCUCAAAGCUCACCUGAGUCAUAACGCCAUGAGCUGCCAACAGCUGAUCGAGAAGUUCUUUGAAAGGAAAAUAUGGGAGCAGAAAGUGUUCAGUGGAGAGAAAUAUGGCGCCGUCACCCUCCUCACGUCCUACCGGAGGUCCGACCAGAGGCUCCGGGUGGAGGUGCUGAACGCAGUCAACCUCCUGCCCAUGGACUCCAACGGCCUCAGUGACCCGUUUGUGCAGCUGACCCUUGAACCCAACCACGUCUUCCCCCUGGUGGAGCCCCGCUGCACCCAGAUCAAGAGCUGCGACCUCAACCCCCUCUUCGACGAGUCCUUUGAAUUCCUGAUCUCCCUGGAACAGUGCCAGGUUCAAGGGGCUUGUCUGAUGGUCACGGUUCUGGAUCACGACACCUUGAGGAUGGACGACUUCGAGGGCGAGGCCUUCCUCUCCUUGAAGGCCAUCCCGGGAGUGGCCGGAGGGGAGGCAGACGGACUGAGCUUGCAGCCAGACGCCACUCCUGCUCAAAUACGCCUGCCGCUGAUGCACCCCAAACCUAACGAUGACGGCAUCCUGAGUUUACUGGAGUCCAGGCGGGGAGAGCGGGCGGCCCAGGCCUUCGUGAAGAAGCGGCGGCAGCGGGAGAAGCAGUCGCGGGAGAGUCUCCGGCCAUAAGGAAGACGCACCAAACCAGCCAUUCCUCCAAAAAUAUACAAUUUGCUUUAAUGAUCUGUACCAAAAACAAAAGAAAAAACAAAACAAA